AUGGAUAUACAACUAUUUCAAUCAAUAUUUAUUGUAAAUUCUUACACUCGUGUGAUUAUCAAACAUGUACAACAAAUCAAUCGAUUAUUAACAACAUCAUCAUCAUAUGAUCAAUCAGCUGCAAAUGCUGCUCCGGUGGGAUACUACAAGUGGUAUCAAUUAACACUAGAACAAAAGUAUGAAAACUAUAAAUGGUUUAAAGAUGAUGAUCAUCAACAACAAGACAUCAAAGAGAACCGUAAAUGGAUACCAAAUUUAAAAGAUAUCAUUGAAUCUUUAGUCAAAUAUCCUUUGAUAUUAAAGAAUCAUGGUGAUCUAUUAAACAAACCAUAUCAAGAUAAUCAUCAGAGUAUUACAAAGAAGAACCAAUUCAUUCAAGAGUUUAUGUAUAAAAGAUAUGGUUUGGACAACUUGAAAGAGUUUAUGAAAGCGAUAGUUUCAUUCCUUUUCCUCGCUGGCGAUUUAGAUCUCAUCGAAUGGAUAGAUUCACUUUACAAUGGCAACGUAUUGCAUUUGAUGUUUAAUUCUGCAUACAGAACUGCAUAUUGGCACAAAGAAUAUUUAAUUUUCUCCAAAGAAUUUCUCACAUAUAUCAGGGAUAGAGAAUGCACAACCCUUAUCAACCAGUUAUUUGACAAAUAUGAUUUACAUGAAACAAACGCUGUGGCAAUCAUCAAGAAAUGCAUCAAAAGUAAUCAUCCUCGAGUCAUCGAGAUCAUUCAAUUCUAUGCACAGAAUGAACCUUAUCAAAAGAUUCUCUUUAAAGAAUGCAAAUUGGAUAUUUUGAAUUUUCCAGAUGCAUUACCUAUCGUUCAACACUUGGCUGAGAAAUUCUCGGGUACUACCUCCGAGGAUGAAUCACUUUGUACUGAAGACUCAAUGAAAAGUGCUAUUGAAGAUGGAGAUGUAAAUCUGGUAAGACAUCAUUUGGAACACACUUCAUUGACAGUCGAUAUGGAGUUGGCAGCAGGGUCUGGAAACAUUGAAAUAUUGGAGAUGGGAAAGAAUCUUGGUGGAUCAUGA